GCGGGCGGCGGCGGCCCGGGACAGGGCCAGGACAAGCGCGGAGGAAAAGGCGCGCGGGCGCUUUAAAUGCUGGGGGCUGAGCUCCCGCCGGGGCGCCCGCACACGCCGCCGGAGCCAGCAGCCCUCCUCCCCUCCCUCCCCGGUCUCCGCUUGUUGCUCAGCCCCGGCUGCAGGCAGGCGCCGGAGCCCGGCCCGAGAGCCGCCAACAGGUGCCCGGGCCGGCUCCCGCCCCGCUCCGCCCUGCAGCCGGGAGGGGCAUGGGGAACCAGGUGGAGAAGCUGACCCACCUGAGCUACAAGGAGGUGCCCACGGCGGACCCGGCGGGCGCGGAGCGCGACGACGGGCCCCGCAUCGGCGUCUCCUACAUCUUCUCCACCGACGACGAGGAGCUGGAGCCGGGGCAGGAGGCGGGCGGCGGCGGCGGCGAGCAGCAGCCCUACGACCCGCGGCUGCACGAGCUGGAGUGCUCCGUCUACUACCGCGACGAGUGCAUCUACCACAAGGGCUUCUCGCCGCCGGACGCCGCCGACCUGAGCACCUACAGCGCCGAGCACCUGCUCAGCCGCUGCCAGCCGGGCGACCUGGUGGAGUUCGUGUGCCCGGCGCAGUACCCGCACUGGGCCGUGUACGUGGGCGACUUCCAGGUGGUGCACCUGCAGCGCCUCGAGGUGCUUAGCAGCUUCCUGACGGACGCCAGCCAGGGCCGGCGGGGCCGCAUCGCCAACGCGCUGUACCGCUACCCCGCGCUCAGCCCCGCCGCCGUGGUGCGCAACGCGCUGGAGCAGGUGGGCUGCAAGGAGCGCGAGCUGAGCUGGCGCAACUCCGAGUGCUUCGCCGCCUGGUGCCGCUACGGCCGGCGCGAGUUCAAAAUCGGCGGCGAGCUCCGCAUCGGCAAGCAGCCCUACCGCCUGCACCUGCGCCUGGGCCAGCGCCGCGCGCACACGCUCGAGUUCCAGAGCCUGGAGGACCUCAUCAUGGAGAAGCGCCGCAACGACCAGCUCGGCCGCGCCGCCGUCCUGCAGGAGCUGGCCGCCCACCUGCAGGCCGCCGAGGAGGACGGCGAGGAGGAGGAGGAGGAGGAGGGCGGCAAGCAGUAGCCCCCCGGGGCCGCCGGCGGAUGCGAGGGUGCCGGCCGCGCUGGCUGAGGGCGGAACUCGGGGAGACGCGGCCCCUUGCUCCGAAGCGUCGGCGCGGGCUUUUCAGGUGCGCCCCGGCAUGACUUCCACCCGUCUGGCGCUGCUGCGUGGCACCCACGGCUCAGGUGCCGGCCAGGCUUAGUGCUCGCUGGUGCUGUUUUCACCUCCCAGACAGGCCUGGUGCUGC